ACUCACUUCAAUUUUACUUUAAUUCAGAUACCUAAAACCCCUUGCUAGUGGAGACACUGAAGAAGACCAGGCCCUUGGUGCAAAAAUGGUUUUUCUCUCCAAGCAGGUGAAUACCCUUCAGCACCAUAUAGAAGAAAACCAUCUAGACAGACGAUCAGUAUGCUGGAAGGAGGCUGAUGACUUGAUGGACUUUCCAAACAUGGAUGAGGAACAACUUAGAGCCAUCACAUGCGGUGUCUACCAACUGCGUCUAUCACCAUCCUACGCCCAAGAACAUAUAGAGGGAGACUGCAGCAUCCAAGUCCACAGAGAGGAGCCAGGCCUUCUUCGUGUAAAACUGCAGAGUCGUCACAUGUCAUCAAGAUCCUACCUACUGUGGAUACAAUAUGGUGAGGGUGAAGUCAAGGCUUGGUACUGCAAGUGCAGGGCUGGUGCUCGUGUUGUGGGUAUGUGUUCCCAUGUUGCUGCCAUCCUUUGGUAUCUGGGACAUGCUCGCCAUCAAAGAGAUGAGAAACUGGGAGUGCGAGACUGGGGGGAGUUUGUUGACGAUGCCACACUGGUGGAUGACUCUGACAGCUCCAGUGAAAGUGAUGAAAGUGGACCAGAGGAGUAGAUGUGUGACAAGUAUGUCCAGUUUAAGUUGUACAUUUACCUGUACUGUUCUGUUUUUUCAUUGUAUGUUGACUUUGAUAAACUAAUGUUUUGUUUAAUUGUUCAAUCUGUAUGGAUGAGAGAGAGAGAGAGAGAGAGAGAGAGAGAGAGCAUAUAUCU